GCGCUCUGCACGGGGAAGUUUGUGUUAAAAUGGCGGCGCUCGCGUCUGAGCAGGUCUGACUCAGGAAGGUCAGUUCCCGUUGGCAUGCCCCGACCGAAGCGAUGUGCGGACCCCUCCUUCCACCUGUAGCAGACCCGUGGCGGAAGAUGGCACAUGCGGUCGACAAGUCCGAUGUUGGCAAAACCUCUGGCAGCAGAGCAGGUUUACACGCUUCUGAGAACGGGUCUCCGCUGGGACUCCACACCCCAGAUCUCCCAAACCAUGACAGCACGCCUCUCAGUCCCCUGCCUCAUUACUGCCUGACCAGCUACAGGCCAGCACUGCUCUGCAGUGCCCCCUGUGGUGAGGAGGACCAACAUAGCCUGACCUCCCAGGACUCAGGGAUCCCCACACUGGAGAUCAGCCCUCCAGAGGCUGUCCGUGUACAAGCGUCUAGCGGCGAGGACGCCCCCGCGACCCUGACGCUGGAGCCAGAGCAUGGCGGCCCGCCCAGGGCCUCCACGUUCGCCCGGGGUGCUGCCACCCGGCUACCGAUGGGUGGGGGUGGAGCUUUGAACCGCAGUGACGACGUGUCCAUCUGCAGCGUGUCAAGCCUGAGCACGGAGCUCUCCGCUACGCUGUCUCUCGGCAACGACGACGGGGCUGAUUUCAUCAUCACGUCUGACUCCAGCGCUGUCGUCACAUUUGAGAACAAUGAUGCCGCCGCCAUCGGCUCACGGUUUAGUGAUAUUCCGCUCCCACCCCCCAACAAUCUGCUUGGAGGCAACUGGAGUCCCGGGCAACAGCCUGUUGCUGCGCCGAUGGCCCAGGAGGUCCAGCUGAAGAGAAGCCCCAUUCUGAACUUCCUGAGCAGGAGCCUGUUCUCUAAAAAGGGGAAGGAUGUUCAACUUCCAGACAGUCACAGUGAGUCUGGCUGGAAGAUUUUCGGGAGAGUGUUGUCAGCCAGAGACCCCAGAAGAGUACUUAAGGAACAUGAACGUGGUGCAGGGGUGGGUGAGUCUUCGUCUCCCAGGCAGAAUGUGAGGAAGAACCUGCAGUUUGAGCCACUGUCCACCACUGCCCUAAUCCUGGAACACCGGCCCGCGAACCUUCCGGCCAAGUCUGUAGAGGAGGCAGAGAAGCACCAGCAGCAGUACGAGGAGAUGGUGGCUCAGGCCAGGAAAAGAGAGCUGAAGGAGGCCCAGAAGAGAAGGAAGCAGUUUGAGGACCGGGUUAAAUUGGAGGAGAGCAUCGGCAAUGCUGCCCUCACCUGGAACCAGGAGAUACUGCCGAACUGGCACACCUUGCGCUCCUCCAGGCGGGUGAGGGACUUGUGGUGGCAGGGAGUGCCCCCUAGUGUCCGCGGCAGAGUGUGGCGCCUGGCCAUUGGCAAUGACCUCAACAUCACACAUGAGUUAUUUAACAUCUGCUUGGCAAGAGCAAAAGAGAAAUGCAGCGCUGCUCCCACUACUGCUAUCAGCACAGCAGAUACAGGGUCAUCUCAUGCCGACCGAGAGGCCAGUCUAGAGCUCAUCAAGUUGGACAUCUCUAGAACUUUCCCCAGCCUCUGCAUUUUCCAGCAGGGAGGCCCAUACCAUGAUGUGCUCCACAGCGUUCUAGGAGCGUACACCUGUUACAGGCCUGAUGUUGGAUACGUUCAGGGUAUGUCCUUCAUUGCAGCAGUGCUGAUCUUGAACAUGGACACUGCUGAGACCUUCAUUGCUUUUGCCAAUCUGCUGAACAAACCCUGCCAGAUGGCCUUCUACAGAGUGGACCAUAGCCUUAUGCUGACCUACUUUGCUGCAUUUGAAGUGUUCUUCGAAGAAAAUCUACCAAAGCUAUUUGCACAUUUUAAGAGUAACAGCUUGACACCUGAUAUUUACCUGAUUGACUGGAUCUUCACCCUGUACAGUAAGCCCUUGCCGUUGGACUUAGCUUGUCGUGUGUGGGAUGUGUUCUGCCGGGACGGUGAGGAGUUCCUGUUCCGCACGGCUCUGGGACUCCUGCGUCUCUACGAGGACGUCCUCACACACAUGGACUUCAUCCACAUCGCACAGUUCCUCACACGCCUGCCUGAACACGUGCCCUCUGAUGGCCUCUUCUCCUGCAUUGCCACCGUCAACAUGACCUGUAGGAGCAAGAAGUGGACACAGGUGUUGCAGGCUCUGCAGAAGGACCCAGAACGGGUUAGCCCUGUGCCCAAGCACUAAGAGAACCAGAGCGGGUGUCAGAACAGGUCCCCCCUACCAACUUACCCUGCUUCACACGCCUGCAGCAAAAACAGAAACGAGAAGAUCGUGUGUGUGUGUGUGUGUGUGUGUGUGUGUGUGUGUGUGUGUGUGUGUGUGUGUAUACGCUCACAUACAUUUGAACACUAAGACUCAGGACACUGUGAGCACGGACUCUGUCUCCAGAUCUUUUCUGCUGGAUUGAAUUGGCUGCAGUUCCAAGGAACCCAUAAUGGACAACACGCACACGCGCGCACACACACGCACACACACACUUCUAAUCGAUAGCACUGGUCAGUCUUCCUGGCUAUGUGUACAUUUCUCAGAAAAACACACACACAAGCUUCAGGGCUUUUCCAGUCUGCUGAUGACGAUGGAGAACUUGAGCUUUAAUUACUUUCUUUCCAUCCGUCCCUCUUCUCUUGGAGCCUUUUUCAGACUGUGUUAAGCUACAGUGAUAAAAUCAAGUUAGCCCUCUGGUAAAGUGUGUGGUGUGCGUGUGUAGGUCAGGGUACGUGUGUAGAUAAACUAUUGCCGUGAGACCAUUUGCUGAAUUGGCUGUUUAAGCAUGCGGUCACCUGCAGGGUCCACCUGGGUUGUAAAGAUUUCUAAGGUAUUAUUCAAACCUGGAUACUUGAAUUAUACAGUUAAGUUCCUGUGUCCAGAUGUUCUUACUGAGGGCCAGUUCAGCGUGAGAAUGGAGAGCACGGGGCAUCUUCAUGGCUUUGGCCAGUGUUUUGUUUUUGCUUUUUGUUUUAAACAUUUAUUGAGUGUUUGGUGUGUUUUGUCUUGCUUAUUUGCUUUGUUUUAUUUUUUAGCCAGUUGUGUAGAACAAGGUCCAUUGUCCACGCUGGCACAUUUUGCACAGUCUUGUGUGGAACUUGCUGAGUGUGUCUCUGAAUUAGUCUCCACUGUCUCUCUCUGUAAGGCCAGAGUGUACAAGUACACACUUAGUCUCUCUAUAAGAGCUGAGGGAAUGAAUAUGCACUUUGUCUGUAAGUCCAGAGUAAACGAGUGCACACUUGGUAAGGCCAGAGUAAACGAGUGCGCACUUUGGUGGUGUAUUCACUCCUCUGUCAUCGCUGUACUGCUGGAGUCAUCGCUGUACUGCUGGAGUCAUCGCUGUACUGCCGGAGUCUCUGUGUUCUGUAUGGAGCUGAUCACCACCAGCCAUGUAGCCCUUCUGACAUCUAACAUCACGCAGCAUUCACUCCUAAAGCCUCCUUCAUCUCUACUGCCCUCCCAUCCUGUUCGCCCCUCUCUCUCUCUCUCUCUCUCUCUCUCUCUCUCGCUCUCUCUCUCUCUGUUUUUGUGAGAAUCUCUCUCUUCCUCUCCAUUCAUCCCUUUCUCUCCCCCUCUCUCAGUCUCAUUGUUGCUGUUCUCUAUCCACAAGCGUGCACUCUUGUGAGCAGGUAGGCUGUGAGUGUCUCCCAGAGUGUGACUGUGUUCUGCUGAGCCACAGAUGGAGGGGAGCAGGAUGUGAGACGUGGUGGAGGGAGAGCGAGAGUGAGGUUGGCAGGCGCUGCGUCUGCUGCCUUGUUCCACAGUGAUAGCCACAAUGGUUAAAGUGUUGAAGAGCCCAGCUCCCUGAAGCACCGUCUCCACUCGCUGUCUCCAUGUCACUUUCAGUGUAGUUGGUUUUCACACGGUGGCUGUAGUGUGAGUGGAUCUUGGGACUGAUUCUAAAGAUGGCCCCGACAUAGCCUGGAGAGGACAACCAUCAGCCAUGUCUCUCUCAGGUCCUGGAGGCCUCCAGUACUGCACUAGGAACUGAACUGGACAGAACAACUCCAGACCUUUUUGUGAUUGCCCUUGAUGACUGCAGUCUGACAGCAGAAGCUAAAUACAUUUUGUGUUCAUCUUAGUGGCACUUGUAGACCCUUUCACAUUCAAAACCAGAAUGACCCUCAUUAGCAGUGCUGUUAUGAACCUGGUCCACACACACUCAGUGUAAUUGCCUGGGUUGGUGUCCUGCUGAUUUGUUGAUGCUCUUGUGUUGGAAUGGCACCCAUUUCAGCCAGUUUUGUGGUCCACACACUGAAAGCAAUACUUGCUCUGGAGUUCCUCCUGUUGGGUUGAAGGGCUGAGUUGCAUGGCUUCUCUGAAUCGACUGUGCUUGGAGAGAGUUUUGCACAGCCGUUACGGUUAUUUUCAACCAUAACAGACUCUUCUGAAAUGAGCCACACCCACCGGAUGUGUCGAUGGCACUCGUAGAUCUGAGGGUGACUGGACCAGUACUCGGACUAGUCCAGAGAAAUGGUGUCCUAAACUGUUCACUAUACUUGUCUCAUUAAAAUGUCUAUUCACCACAGA